GAGGAGUACACGCCGCUGCGCUUCCAUUCCACUCCAGACUCGUCGAGAGACCGCGCGGAUCGUGCAGCGUGUCGCAGGAGAGAAGCCCAAGCUCUGGUGCAGGCAGCCAUGGCGGGGGAAACGGGGGCGACGGCGGCUUCGGGGCCGGCAGCGGGCAAGAUGACGAUGGUGGUCGGGGUGGACGAGAGCGAGCACAGCUACUACGCGCUGCAGUGGACGCUCCUCCACUUCUUCUCCCCGGGGCAGCAGCAGUACCGCCUCGUCGUCGUCACGGCCAAGCCCACCGCCGCGUCCGCCGUCGGCCUCGCCGGACCAGGUGCCGCGGACGUGCUGCCGUUCGUGGAAGCGGACCUGAAGCGGAGCUCGCUGCGCGUCAUCGACAAGGCCAAGGAGCUCUGCGCGCAGGCGCAGGUGGGCGAUGGUGUCUUCGAAGUGGUGGAGGGGGAUGCAAGGAACGUCCUCUGUGAGGCGGUCGAAAGGAAUCACGCAGAGAUGCUGGUUGUGGGCAACCAUGGCUAUGGAGCAAUCAAAAGGGCUGUUCUUGGAAGUGUGAGCGACUACUGCACCCACCACGCGCACUGCACCGUGAUGAUUGUGAAGAAGCCAAAGCACAAGCACUGAGCAACGCCCAGCCUUGACUGGUCGCUGAACCCAGUGAUCGGUAUUUGUGCAUGUUUGUGAAUAAAUGGAUCGCAGAUGUCACAGUUCACACCUUCAGAAGAGUAGUGAACUCCUGCAAGUAGCUACAUGUGGAUUCUUGUUUGAGAUGGUGAAUAACUGAUGCGCCUCAUCAGAACACUGUUAUUUGUGAUUGCAGAUUCAUGCAUUGUACAAGCGUUGUAUGUAUAUGUAAAUUUAAUCAAGACUGCAAGUCCCUUGCAGUGGACACGUGUGUUUACUUCUUGUAGAAGUGUGGUUUGUAAAUUCA